AUGAUAGGCCUUAGCUGGAACUGUAGAGGGCUUAGGAACCCUCAUACAGUUAGAGAGCUGCAUCGGUUAGUGAAAACAAAGUGUCCUAAUUUUGUAUUCCUAAUAGAGACUAAAUGUGGUAGAAAUAAAGUAGAAGAGAUAAGAAAUAAGGUGGGGUUUGACAGUAGUUUUGUGAUAGAUAGCAAAGGUUUUAGUGGAGGUUUGGCUUUUUUGUGGAACAGUAGUGACAACUUCAACCUUGAAUCAUAUUCCCAGCAACACAUAUCACUUAAUUUGAAGAAGGAAGAGGUAAACACAGAAAUUCAGUUCACUGGAUUCUAUGGUAGCCCGUAUACUGCUAAAAGGACUGAUAGCUGGAAUUUAAUGAAAAUGUUACAACCCAGACAGGACAAACCUUGGUUUUGUUUUGGAGAUUUUAAUGAGAUUCUUCACCAACAUGAAAAGAAAGGGGCAGCUUUAAGACCUUACAAUCAAAUGGAGGAGUUCAGAGAAACAAUGGAAGCAUGUGGUCUGUUUGACUGUGGUUUUCAAGGACAAAAAUAUACCUGGAACAAUAACAGAGAAGGUAAUCUAUUCACUAAAGAAAGAUUAGAUCGUGCCAUGGGAAAUUUGCCUCUUAUAAGGAUCUUUUCUGAGAUAAGCAUUUAUGGUCAAGUUGCCUACUCCUCAGAUCAUUGCCCUCUGGUGAUAAAUAUGGGAAGUGAAGAAAGACUGGCAGUUUUACUAGAAAGGAGAAGGGAGAAAAUGUUUAGGUAUGAAGCAAGCUGGAACCUAAGGGAUGAAUGUAGCAAUCUGAUAAAUACAAAUUGGUCUCAACAACAAGAAGGGGAGGGGAAUCAGAUGAGGUUAGUCCAACAAAAUCUAUUGAAAUGCAAGGAAGGUUUGAUCCAAUGGAGCAGGACUACUCUAAGACACAACAAUAGGGAGAUACAAAGGAAACUAAACUAG